CUUUUCCUUCCGAGCCGAGAAGGGACCAGCACUUGUGAACUACUGCACUGUCCUGAGCUCUGCAGCACUUUGCAGUUGCACAAUUGCAUACAGGCAAGGCCAACCCAAGGAAGCAACUACCUCUCACUCACAGAUUAUGCCACAAGAACAUUUGAUGCAUUUGAUGUGCAUUUGAUUGGAAGCCAUCAUGAAGCACCACCACUAACCUGCCUGCUUGCUUCAGGGGACCUUUGCGAGACGCGCCUCCUUCAUCGCGCAGCGCUUCCUCCAAAGAGGUUACCGCCACUGACUGGAAUGCGGGGCAGAGACCAGGCAGCCGAGGAGAAAGAGCCUCGCACCAGGCAGCUACCGGCCAUCCCGAGGAGAUCCUUGCCAGAAAAGGAAGAGCAAGCGAAAGUAGUUCCUCUGGUGGGUCCCAGGAUGGUGGACUUCUUUGCCAUAGCGAGGGAGAAGAAGAGAAUGGCCGACCUCGAAGCAAAGGCUCUAGAGAGCGAGAAAGGAAAGGUGGUGAAGGGGCAGAAUGUGAGGAAGGAGGAGGAGAAGGGGAAGAACGUGAGGAAGGAGAGGGAGGCGAAAAAAGUGAAGGAGGUGAAGCCGGUGAAGCCAGUGAAGCCGGUGAAGCCGGUGAAGGAGGUGAAGCCGGUGAAGCAGGUGAAGCCGGUGAAGCUGGUGAAGGAGGUGAAGCCAGUGAAGCCCGUGAAGGAGGUGAAGCAGGAGAAGAAGGUGCAGGAGAAGAAAUUUCCAAAAGUGACGCAGAAAAAGCAGCAGCAAAAGUUGCAAGGGAAGAAAGCAGAAAAAGGCAAGCAGCGAAAGUCGCAAGAGAAGGACACAGAAGCUGAGCCGGAAGAAGUGAAGCUGCCAGCGGCCCAGGAAACCUCUGUCACCGAGGAAGAAUACUCAAUCUCUCUGUCUGGGAGCGAGACAGAGCGUUCCAGCUCCACCCCCAGCCUGAGGGAGAGGAUGAUGGGGAAGCAGGAAGAGGCCGAGGAAGAGCCGCGCGCAGUCUUCUGGGACAGCGCUGCUUUGCCUAAACGGAAGCUUUCUUCAAGGACAGAUGAGGCCCUGCGGGAGGUGGUGAAGCUCAUUGUGGGGCAGGUGUCCCGUGAGCAGCAGGGCCGGAGAGACGCAGAGAAGGUUCUGCAGGACCGGCUCCAGAGUGAGCUUGCAGUGCUGUGGUGGAGUCGGCCAUCCACACACGCACCUGGCCUCCUCCAUCUGCCAGGAGCGGAGCACAGACCUGCACCCCCUGCUGGACCAAAGCCAGAGAAGGCGUCACGCAGAGUGGUCCGGAGAGUCGUGGUCAGGCACGUCGACGAGGACCACGAGAGAUCCAGCAGCAGUGAGAUUCUGGAGCCAGACAUCCACUAAGUGUCACCCAACAGCUCAACGAGGACCACCUUUCACUGUUGGCGACGCUCACGGUGACACUGUUAAAGGCGUCGCCACUUUCCAUAUUACCCUUUCCCUAUACCCAAUAAACCCCAACCCCAUCCCCAAACACCGUGGGUCUUUCC